UUUCCAUUGAGAUAAAGUGGGUGUUUCCGAUGGUUGAUGAAAAUGGAGAAGAAAAUAAGAGGAGACAACAGAUACAUCCUUGGUUGGCUCUGGGUUUAAGGAGGGAAAUUGAUUCUUGUUCUUUGGGAAGGAUAAGGAAUCAAUCUGAUCGCUGGAAGAGAGGAAGUAGCAAUAGUAAUGGAAAUGGGGAUUUCCAAGACGACAACAAAAACAAGCACUGAGGUUACCGACAACAAUUCCAAUUCCAAUAGCAAUAGCAGCAGCACCACUCAGACUGAAACUGACAACCAUAUCUCCGUUGCUGCUCCCUACGCCGUAGGAGAAAAGGUCUUAGUCUAUCACUCUGAUUGUCUUUACGAAGCCAAGCUGAGGCAAGCUGAGUACCACAACACUAAAGGCUGGCACUUCCUCGUUCAUUAUCUUGGUUGGAAGAAGAGUUGGGAUGAAUGGCUUGACCUGGAUCGUUUGAUGAAACACACUGAGGAAAAUAUGCGCAAAAAACAUGACCUUGACGAGAAGCUUGGCAAUGAUAAGAAUGCAAAAAUCCCGCGUGGUUCUCUGGCUAAGUCCAAGACCACUAACGUUUCAAGAGGCAGGAAACGAAGGAAUGAAUCUGUCAUCAAGGAAAAACCUGCAGUUGAUCUUGAAAAGCUUGUCAACAUUCAAAUUCCUCCAACACUAAAGAAACAAUUAGUUGAUGAUUGUGAGUUUAUUACCCAUCUCGGCAAGCUUGUUAAACUCCCCCGUACUCCUAAUGUGAAAGGCAUAUUGAAAAAUUAUUUUGAUUACAGAUUGAAGAAAUGUGGCUUGAUGGGUGAUUCAGUUGAAGAAAUUAUGAAAGGAUUGUCUUGUUACUUUGACAAAGCACUGCCAGUGAUGCUUUUGUACAAGAACGAGCACCAACAGUACCAAGAGGCUUGUCCAGCGAAUGUCUUUCCUUCUGCUAUAUAUGGUGCUGAGCAUUUGUUACGUCUCUUUGUUAAGUUGCCCGAGUUAUUGUUUCAUGCUAGCAUUGAAGAGAAGACAUUGGUGGAACUUCAAGCACACUUAAUUGACUUUCUCAGGUUCUUGCAAAAAAACCAGAGCACAUUCUUCCUUUCUACUUAUCAUGUUGCAGAAGGUAUUGAGAACAGCACCAACAAACAAGGAGACUAGGCUUGUGGACAACAAUUGUUUUUGCUAUGUACAUAGUUUCACAGAGCUGCUGCUGUAUACAAUGCUUGUCACAAUUGCAGUUUACUUUCUUCAUCAAAAUGAUGUGAAAUCAGAUUUGGUAAGUGUAUAACUUAGCUUUGGGAACUCAAUGUUUUCAGGGUUCAGGGAGUGUAACUUCUACGGAAGGAAUAUGCACCGACCCUCAAUUUUAAACACCAGUUGGUUUUCUGAAAUUUUAGAUUUAAUAUGUUUUUCACAGUCCAACCAACCAACCAAAUUCUAUCGAUGAAAUCUUAGUUCAAUUUAAUAUUGUUUUAUCUUUGUGUGUGUGAUGAUUGGUUCCUAACUUCCUACCACAGUCCCGUGCAUUUUGAAUUUUAUGCAUACAAAUUAGAUAAAUGUGAAUGAUGUGAUAGUUGUAAAAAAACUCCGACUCUAAUGUUUAACUUAGCAAAGGGUUUUGUAAGUAUAAAA